GAUAAUUGUAAUAUUUCGAGGUAAUACUACACCAUACUGGAGCAAGGGAAAAUGGAGAACGUGGGAGUGAUGAUGACCACUCCAAUGUCAGCCUACCUUGAGCAACAGCUCCAGCAGCGCUUCACACUCUUCAAGCUCUGGGAAUCAUCUCACUCCCUCGCCGACUCCGUCAAAGCUGUGGUCGGCGACACCAAAAUCGGCGCCGAUUCCAAGCUCAUUGACUCUCUCCCCCGCCUCGAGAUCGUCUCCACUUACAGCGUCGGCGUCGACAAAAUCGACUUGGAAAAGUGCCGAGACAGAGGAAUUAGGGUUACCAACACCCCCGACGUGCUGACGGAAGACGUUUCCGACCUAGCAAUUGGGCUAGCUCUCGCCACAUUGAGGAAAAUAUGCGCCUGCCAUGCGUUUCUCACCACUGGAUCCUGGAAAAAUGGGGAUUUUCAGCUGACUACUAAGUUCAGUGGAAAAUCAAUUGGCAUACUCGGGCUAGGCAGGAUUGGUUCUGCCAUAGCUAAAAGAGCUGAGGCGUUUGGGUGCACCAUCAGCUACCAUUCCCGGACCAAGAGACAGACGACGAACUACAGGUACUACUCCAAUGCCGUUGAUCUGGCUGCUAACUGUCAAAUCCUGUUUGUGGCAUGCUCCUUGACAAAUGAAACACGACACAUUGUGAAUCGGGAGGUUAUCAGUGCAUUGGGUCCGCAAGGGGUCCUUGUCAACAUAGGACGAGGUGCACUAGUUGAUGAACACGAACUUGUGUCUGCAUUAUGUGAAGGGAGACUGGGUGGUGCCGGACUCGACGUUUUUGAGAAUGAACCACACGUGCCUGAGCCGUUAUUGGAGCUUGAGAAUGUAGUCCUGCUGCCUCAUGUUGGAACUGACACGGUUGAGACGAGCAUGACCAUGGCUGAUCUCGUUGUUGCCAACUUGGAGUGUCAUUUCCUCAGGAAACCGCUGCUGACUCCAGUGAUCUGACAGGAAUCAGCCAUCUUCUGUUCAUUUAGUGAUGACAUAGGUGCAAAAAUAUGGGCAAGGAUGGUGUGCUGUGCAGAAAAUGCAGUAUUUUGGCCAAAAAUCUUUCUUUUCAA